UAUUCGCAGUUUUUCAUUUUUUUCCGUUUCUCAAGUGGCUGAGCAAAAUGGAGGCUUCACAGAGCGACGACCCCAGUCUGAACCCUGUACGCAAUCGGAAUCCGAAUCCGGAUCCGGCUCCGAACCCAUUGUCGACGAUCAUCUCUUCAGCGCAGGUUUGGCCAACCAUCGAUGGUCCUUUGGGGUUAACGGAGGAAGCAUCGGUGGACUACGCUCGUCGAUUCUACAAGUUCGGUUUCGCUCUCUUGCCUUGGCUUUGGUUUGUCAAUUGCUUCUACUUCUGGCCUGUUCUUCGUCAUGCUCGAGCUUUCCCCCAAAUCCGCAAUUAUGUUGUCCGCUCAGCAAUCGGCUUCAGUGUCUUUACAGCUCUUCUAUCCGCGUGGGCAUUGACGUUCUCAAUAGGAGGAGAACAGCUUUUCGGCCCUGUUUAUGAUAAGCUGGUUAUGUACAACGUUGCUGAUCGUCUCGGCUUGUCUGGCUUGGCUUAGCUCCCUCCGGAUUUUCUUUCUAUCGUUUAACGUAGUAGAAACAGGAAGAUCACAUUGCCUGUUCCGUGCUCCCGUCUUACUUUGCAAGCAUAAGUUGUUUUAACAAAAGUUGAGAUCACUGGUGUGAAUGAAUGAAUGUAAGGCUCUUGGAUAUUCAUCUGUCAAUGAAGUAAUUAGUUCUCAGUUUUUUACAGCUGUUCAAAUGGUAACCGAAAAAACGUGUGUAUUCUGGUGAAGCCCUUUCUUAUAGUGGGCCGUUAAA